AUGUCUCUCCUUCUCGUGCCCAGAUGGUGUUUGAGCUGUAACGGCCAUUUGCAAUACGACCUCUACUCCGCAGUUGUGGUGACUCAUUUGCACUAUCAGUCAUUUUUUCGCCAACCUUCAUUCUGCUUUGCUCGUAUCGAUCCUCUUUCUUGUGCCCAGCUAGCCUUUGAGCCGAAACUAGUUUUCAAAUAUUGCCCUUGCUUCAAAGUUGUGGUGACUCAUUUGUACGGCCACUCCUUUAUAAUCUUACUCAUAUCGACGCUGCUCUUCGUGAUCAUACAGUUUUUGAGUGGGCCAUUACGUUUCAAAUCUUAUCUGUACUUGAAAGUGAUCCUCACACACGACACAGCAAGUGUGGGAUGUGACCCCCUCCUGACGGCUGUAUUUGGCUCGGAUUUUCGUCUUUUCCACACCUCACCUCCCUAUUUAAACGCAGCCGCCUUUCCGUCACAACGGAAGCAUUUCAUAUUUGGAGAAAAGCAGGCACUUGGCCCUGUCUAG